AUGCCGCCAGCGAAACGCCGCCGGGUGACCGAUACCGCCCAACCGAACCCAGCCAUCCCACCCCCAUCAGGCCGCGAUCUGCUCUCCCCGCUCUCCGACGAGCUCCUCCUCCGCAUCCUCUCCUUCCUGCCCCUCCAGCACCUCCUGGCGGUGACCCCCGUCUCGCGCCGCUUCUACCACCUAGCGUCCGACUCCCAAUUGUGGAAGGCACUGUACUACGCGCGCUUUGUUCUGCCCCGCGCGAUGCGCAUACCGGGGUUCCGCGACGGGCCCGUAGGGGCUGGCGCGGGGCACAAGCUGCACUAUGCCGGGAGGCGGACGCUGUGGGCGGAUGGGAGGAGGGGCGGGGUUGUGGAAGAUGUUGUCCCACGACCGGUCAACUGGAAGCGACAGUACAAGAUUCGGUAUAACUGGGCGAGGGGGAAGUGCGCGGUUGAAGAGCUCAGGCUUGGCGACGAGAAGGAUGUUGGUGGUGAACAGGGGCGGAAGAUGCUCGUUAAGGUGGUUGAGGGCGUCGCCGUCACGGCGGACAGGGACGAGGGAUUGCGCGCCUGGGACCUCAAAAGCCGGAGUCUUAUUGCCCAGAUUGAGAUUGGUAGUAACGGCGCGGACGCCGCGCCAAGUUGCAUCGCCGUUGAUGAGACUGAAUUUGAAGGUGGGCUGCUUGACAUAGCCCUGGGCUUCGAUGACGGCAGUUUUGGGGUUUGGAGGUUGCUCACUGACAAGAAACGGCUCGAGCAACGGUACCGCCAUGAGAAGUCCACCAACGGCGAGCUCAUCGCCAUGGCCUUUUCGCACCCCUACUUACUGACCGCCACCCAGGCGGUGCUGGUUUCGCUUUACACCUUCGACGUCCCUACCACAAAGACAGAGGACGGCAUGCAGGCGCAGGAGUCCAGCCAGGGCAAAGCUGCGGGCAGCCUACCUGCCCCGUACCUCCUGACCUCUCUGGAUUCUCACACAUGUAGGCCGCCGCUGGCAUUGUCCAUCCGCAGAGCCGGAAGAACAACGAUCGCCUCAGUCGCUUACACCUUCUCCACCCGGCGAGGCUGGUCCAUUGGCAUCCAGGACUUGCAUCUAAACGACCCUGCCUCCCACGUGAGAGCACCCCCUGAAGUCAACGCAACCCGGAUAGCAUACACCACGCCGGUCGAAACAGCCAGCCUUCCCCAUACCCCACCUACACCGCCAGCGACACCACAACGCGGACACCGGCGCAUUACAACAGACGCUGGCGCCCCGACGACAGCCGGCGCCGCCACGCCAGCGCCGGGCCCAACUACGCUCUGCUACACCCACCCCUAUCUCCUGGCCACGCUGCCGGACAACACGCUGGUCCUGCACCUGUGCACCUCCAAUGCCUCGUCGCUCUCCAUCUCCGACGGCAUCCGGCUCUGGGGCCACACCUCGGGCAUCAGCGACGCCGAGAUCACCGCCCGCGGCAAGGCCGUCAGCGUCAGCACCCGCGGCGAGGAGAUGCGCGUCUGGGAGCUCGAGGGCCGGGCCGCUGCUGGCGUCGGCGGCGGCGGCAGCAGCACACGCAGUGUCGAGAUUCGGCCUUGGGCUGAUGAUGAUGAAGGUGGUGGUGUUGGUGUUGGCGUAAACGACCCGGCGCGGGACUGGGAUGAGAGGCGGAAUUGGGUUGGGUUUGAUGAUGAGAUGGUGAUUGUGUUGAAGGAGAGGACGGGGGCGAGGGAGAGCUUGAUGGUUUACGACUUUACUUGA